CACGGAGUAACACAUAACCUAAAAAAUAAUUAUCUUAAUUUAUAAAAACAAAGAAUGCUGUGAUCACGAAGUGUUGUGAUUGUAAAUACCUAUAAUUUUUUAAAAAUAAAAUCUGAUGCUGAGGACAGGACAUAGUGAAUAAGAAACAGAAAUGAUCGAAUUUUGUACGAAAAAACGUAUGUUGCUUCUCGUCACCUUAUUAGGAGGAUUAACAAUAUUGGUUUUGAUUGUUGAAAGUCAUUGGACAGACACUUCGACAAGUAAACCCUUUAUCGAAGCUUUUGAAAAUAACUCUACUUGUCUAGCGGGUGAAAAUUACGAAAUCAUUGCGGAAUGCCAACCUUGCACUGCUUUGGAAAUUGCCAGCAAAAGUGUCGGAAUAUGUGUACAUUCCAGGUAUAAGGAAGUUUUGAGAUGCAAAAGUGGUGAAACUGUUACGAGAAGUUGCGACAAAGUAGCUUGGCUAGAAGAAAGAACAUUCUGGAAAUUUGAAAGUCUGAUGUUCGCUUUCGCAGUUUUGUCCUGCCUUAGCGUCUACUGGAGAGAGAAUAUUCUCCGGCAGCGCAUAAUUCGAAAAGUAGCAAGACAAUUAAGAUCCAGCGCCUAAGAAAUUUCAAAGCGCCAUGUUUUAAAGUUCAUCAUUCC